CUUCCACCUACCCUCUCCACUGGCCAUCUCAUUCACCUUCUCUCUUCAACGCGACCUAGAUCUCACACACUUCCACACCGAAACUACCUACCCAUCCACGCAACUCCGAGGAGCCCGAGGUCACCAAACCCACAGAACAACCGCGGUUACCCCGAGACAGCCUGCUUCAUGCGUCGAUCGCGACUGCCGCCGUGAGGCUCCCGCAUGAUGUCAAAGAGAGAUUUCUACUACGAUAACCAUGCAGAACUCCUCCAGGGUACAUCAAAGAGGACAAAGUUACAACAUCAUCAUACUCCCGGGAACGUCCUGAGAAAUAGCGAUUAUAUAGUCGGGUGGAUAUGCGCCAUAACGACCGAGUAUGUUGCCGCCCAGGCAUUUCUCGAUGAGGGACAUGACCGGCCGGACUACGUAUCCACGAAUGACAACAACGACUACACACUGGGGAGGAUCGGAAAACAUGAUGUCGUGAUUGCCAUCCUGCCCGAUGGGGGAUACGGCACAGCCUCUGCAGCGAGCGUUGCCAGAGACAUGCUACACAGCUUUCCCAAUAUCCGCGUCUGCCUAAUGGUUGGAAUCGGAGGUGGUGCACCAAGCCCAAAGCACGAUAUUCGUCUGGGUGAUGUCGUUGUGAGCACUCCUCAUGAAGGCUAUGGCGGUGUGUUUCAGUACGAUUUUGGCAAAACUAUACAGGAUCAGAGCUUCCGAUCAACGGGUUUCUUGAACCAGCCACCAGUAUUUCUGCAGACAGCAGUGAAUGGGUUAAAGGCCCAGUACAUGAGCGAGGGCCACUGCCUUGAAGAAGCAGUCAACAGCGUCCUCGAGAGAAAGCCCAGGCUGCAAACAACACAUAAGCGACCGGACCCAUCAAGCGACAGGCUUUACCGCAGUGAUGUUGUCCAUAUUCCCCAUUCUGACACUACAAUCCAGGAGGAAAGCUGCGCGAUAGUCUGUGGCGAUGAUCCCUCCAAACUGGUCGAACGUCCUGAACGGACCGAGGGCAGAGAUAAGCUAGUCAUCCAUUACGGUUUGAUUGCCUCUGCAAAUCAGGUUAUGAAAGAUGCUUCUAUCCGAGAUAGACUGUCAUCGGAAAGAAAUGUUCUAUGUUUUGAAAUGGAAGCAGCUGGGCUAAUGAAUCACUUUCCUUGUCUGGUGAUCCGGGGCAUAUGCGACUAUUCAGACUCUCACAAGAACAAGGAAUGGCAGGGGUAUGCAGCAAUGGCGGCGGCUGCAUAUGCAAAGGACCUCCUCUCGCGAAUUCCCUCGGUUAUUGCUGAGGCUGGGAAGAGGAUAUCUGGGGAUUUUCGGGAUGGUAUGACGUUCCACACCCGAGCAAAGUAGUAGCCAGGUUUUAACAACACUCAUAGCCAGCGAGGUCAGCAGGAUUGGCCCUUGGCAGGCCACGACCGACGCCAAAAUAGAUGAUGAAA